AACUGUCGAGUUUGUACCAGUGAGGGGGGGAGUCAAAGAGGGACAGUGAGAUUCAUUCAGAAAUUUAAAGGUGGACGGUCAAUGGAGAGCAGAAAAGAGAAAAAGCAGAAUUCUCGCGAGAAAAUGACAGAUAUGUCCUCACCAUCGCCACCAUCACCAACGCCAACAUCACAAACACCCGUCCAUUAGGACUCUUUCUCCCCCACAAUUUGGUCCCUCUCUCUCUCUCUUUUUUUUUUUUUUCUUUUUCUUUUUUCUUUUGAGCUUUUGGAGUUUGGUUUUCAAUCGAAACCCUAGAGAAUUUGAGUCUCUUUGCUGUCUCUCUGUUCGAGAAUGGACUGAUUUUCUGCUUUUUUUUUUUUUUUUUUGAAACUUGACGGGGGGAGGGGGGGGAUAGAGAGAGGUUUUGUUGUCUGUGCGGAGGGAAGAUGUCUCGCCAAACGACGUCGACUCAUUUUCAUAAAUCCAAGACGCUUGACAAUAAAUACAUGCUCGGGGAUGAGAUUGGGAAAGGAGCAUAUGGCCGGGUUUACAAAGGCUUGGAUUUGGAGAAUGGAGAUUUUGUUGCAAUUAAACAAGUCUCUUUGGAGAAUAUUGCUCAGGAGGAUCUUAAUAUCAUCAUGCAAGAGAUUGAUCUCUUAAAGUGGCCCCUGAAAGCAAAGCUUAAGGAACUCCUUCUCUUACAGAAUUUGAACCACAAAAAUAUUGUGAAAUAUCUUGGAUCGUUGAAGACAAAAACUCAUCUUCACAUAAUUCUUGAGUAUGUGGAGAAUGGCUCCCUUGCUAACAUCAUCAAGCCUAAUAAGUUUGGCCCUUUUCCAGAAUCUUUGGUGGCUGUUUACAUUGCUCAGGUUUUGGAGGGUCUGGUAUAUCUCCAUGAACAAGGUGUUAUUCAUCGGGAUAUUAAGGGUGCAAAUAUAUUGACAACCAAGGAGGGACUUGUCAAACUUGCUGAUUUUGGUGUCGCCACAAAACUAACUGAGGCUGAUGUUAACACACAUUCAGUUGUUGGAACACCAUACUGGAUGGCUCCGGAGGUGAUUGAAAUGUCCGGGGUUUGUGCUGCUUCUGACAUUUGGAGUGUUGGCUGCACUGUGAUUGAACUUUUGACAUGUGUUCCUCCAUACUAUGAUCUACAGCCUAUGCCAGCUCUCUUUCGUAUUGUUCAGGAUGCUAGACAGCGGCCUGAUGCCAAGACCCUACUGUCUCAUCCUUGGAUACAGAAUUAUAGGCGUGCUUUGCAGUCAUCUCUUCGUCAUAGUGGAACAAUAAGGAACGUACAACAAGAUGCUUCCAUUGAUUCAGAAGAUGCUAAUGAAGAGAAUCAGAAUUCUGCUGAUAUCCUUCCUGCAGAGAAAGUUGGAGGAGCUGAAGCAGUGGGGACCUUGACUCCCAAAAGGAGUUACCAUUGGCAGAAGUUGCUGAUUUUGGAGAGACUGAUAAAGAUCAUUCUUCGAGCUGUAAGCUUGUGA